CUUCACCACCAAAAAUAUCUCUUCCUCAACAAAUUUUAUUAGUUUUACCAAUUUACCAUUCUCCAAAUUUGUUUAACUUUUGAUAUAUAUAAUACUUAAUGGCUGUGGAUUCGAUCCUGUCAUCUCCGCUAGGCCCUCCGGUGUGCGAAAAGGAUGCGAAAGCACUUCAAUUCAUCGAAGAAAUGACCCGAAACGCUGAUGAAGUACAAGAGCAAGUUUUGUCAGAAAUUCUGAGCAGGAACGCUAAGACUGAGUAUCUUCAGCGAUUUCACCUCGAUGGUGCAACCGAUCGUCAGACUUUCAAAUCCAAAAUCCCAAUGGUCACUUACGAAGAUCUCCAGCCUGAUAUUCAGCGCAUUGCCAACGGAGAUGUGUCUCCGAUCAUGUCUUCUCAUCCUAUCUCUGAAUUUCUCACUAGCUCUGGAACUUCAGCUGGAGAAAGAAAGCUGAUGCCGACAAUUAAGGAAGAGCUGGAUCGUCGUCAACAGCUUUACAGUCUUCUCAUGCCUGUCAUGAACCUUUAUGUGCCUGGAUUGGACAAAGGAAAGGGACUCUACUUUCUUUUCGUCAAGUCGGAGACCAAGACACCGGGCGGCCUAUUAGCAAGACCCGUGCUUACCAGCUACUACAACAGUGAUCAUUUCAAGAACCGCCCCUAUGACCCGUAUAACAUCAUGACAAGCCCGACGGAGGCCAUCCUGUGCGUGGAUUCCUUCCAAAGCAUGUACUCCCAAAUGCUCUGCGGUCUCUACGAGCGCCAUCAGGUGCUUCGUCUCGGAGCUGUAUUCGCCUCUGGCCUUCUCCGCGCAAUCCGGUUCCUUCAGCUCAACUGGCCUGAACUGGCCAACGAUAUCCGAACCGGACGUUUAAGUGAAAAAAUAACCAACCCGGAGAUCCGAACAUGCAUGACCCGUAUCCUCCGCCCCGACCCGGAGCUGGCCGAGUUCAUCUCAAAAGAAUGCUGUGAACAAAACUGGGAAGGCAUCGUCACAAAAAUAUGGCCGAAUACAAAGUACCUAGACGUUAUCGUCACGGGCGCGAUGGCUCAAUACAUACCAACUCUUAAAUACUACAGCGGAGGAUUACCCAUGGCUUGCACCAUGUACGCAUCCUCCGAAUGUUACUUCGGACUCAAUCUCAACCCGAUGUGCAAACCAAGUCAAGUGUCUUACACAAUAAUGCCCAACAUGGCCUAUUUCGAGUUCUUGCCACACGAUCCAAAUUCAAAUCCAAACUCGUCUCGUGAUCUUCCCCGUAAGCUCGUUGAUCUCGUGGACGUGCAAGUCGGCAAAGAGUACGAGCUGGUUAUCACAACUUACGCAGGUUUGAACCGGUACCGCGUGGGCGAUAUUCUUAGGGUCACAGGGUUCCAUAACUCCGCGCCGCAGUUCCACUUCGUGCGGCGCAAGAACGCGUUACUCAGCAUCGACUCGGACAAGACCGACGAGGCCGAGCUGCAGACCGCGGUGGAGAAUGCCUCGAAUCUCCUUAAAGAGUUCAAUACUAGUGUGGUGGAGUACACGAGCUACGCCGAUACGAAAACGAUACCGGGUCAUUACGUUAUAUACUGGGAGUUACUAGUCAAGGACUCGGCCAACACGCCGAGCCAUGAGGUCCUCAACAAGUGCUGCCUCGCCAUGGAAGAGUGUCUCAACUCGGUGUACAGACAGUGCCGAGUUGCGGACAACUCGGUGGGUCCGCUGGAGAUCCGCGUGGUUAAAAAUGGAACAUUUGAAGAGCUAAUGGAUUAUGCAAUAUCGAGAGGUGCGUCGAUUAAUCAGUACAAGGCCCCGAGAUGUGUUAGUUUUACGCCGAUUAUGGAGCUGUUGGACUCGAGAGUAGUUUCAUCACAUUUUAGUCAAAGUUUGCCUCAUUGGACUCCAGAAAGACGCCGGUGAAUGUUAAUUAAUUAAUCAUAAUAAUUAUUUAUUAUAAUUAUUAUUUAAAAUAGUGUAGUUUGUAUAAAAUAAGUUUUAGUGACCGACCAUGGAAGUCAACUCUAGAUUCCUUGUAUUGUUUAAUUAGCCAGCAGACUAGCUAGCUAGCUAGGUUUUUUGUAAUUUUUUUCUUCUUCUUAA